AAAAGAAGACCUCACACUACAAAUUCUGUAUGUUCAAAACCUACAAAAAGUCUAACCAAUUUUACCAAUAAAACUCCCCUGUUUUUAAUUUUUGGCAAGCAGAUAAUAUUAUGAAGGUAAAAACGUAAUAAAGGAUGUGCCCAACUAUUUGUGACGUGUGAAGUAGUUGUACUGUUCUUGUAUCCGAAAACGCACUUAGAUUGUAUCAACCCAAAUUAAAUCUUGGAACUUGGCAACACGCAUUUGCCUAACUGAGCUUACACACAGUUCUUGUUCUCUCAUAAGCUAGAAGAUCCCUUCUUUUUCAAUUUCUACAGCUACUACAUUUUCAGUUUCUUGAUGGCAAAUGCAUCUGGGUUCUUGAGUCCUUCAGUUCCAACUUUAAGUAGAAAGAUUAAGCCUUCAAUUGGGAUUAUUGGAUCUGGGUUUUACUCCUUUGAAGGAUUAUCAAAGAGGGUGUUUUGCUGUAGCUCCAUUGAUGGUGCUGAAAAGCUUUCCACCUCUCAAUCUCCAAUACCCAGGAUUGUUAGUAAAGGUUGCAAGUUGGUUGGAAGUGGCUCAGCUGUACCAACUUUACAGAUCUCAAAUGACGAUCUUGCAAAAGUAGUUGACACCAAUGAUGAGUGGAUAUCUGUCCGAACUGGUAUUCGAAAUCGACGAGUUCUUACAGGCAAAGAUAGUUUGACUUCUCUAGCUGUAGAGGCAGCAAGGAAAGCUCUUCAGAUGGCAGAAGUCGAUCCUAAUGAUGUGGACCUAGUAUUGAUGUGUACAUCUACACCAGAGGAUCUUUUUGGUGGUGCCCCUCAGAUCCCAAAGGCACUGGGCUGCAAAAACAAUCCUCUAGCUUAUGAUAUCACAGCUGCAUGUAGUGGAUUUAUGCUGGGUUUAGUCUCAGCUGCUUGUCACAUUAGGGGAGGUGGGUUUCAAAAUGUAUUGGUAAUUGGUGCUGAUGCUCUUUCACGAUAUGUUGACUGGACGGAUAGGGGGACUUGCAUUCUCUUUGGAGAUGCUGCAGGUGCUGUGCUUGUACAGGCAUGCAACAGUGAGGAUGAUGGUUUAAUUAGUUUUGACUUGCACAGUGAUGGUGAUGGCCAAAGACAUUUGAAUGCCGGUAUCAAAGCAAAUGAAGCGGAUCAUGCAGUGGGUUCUAAUGGUUCAGUCUCGGACUUCCCUCCCAGACGCGCAUCAUAUUCAUGUAUUCAAAUGAAUGGAAAGGAAGUGUUCCGCUUUGCUGUCCGAUGUGUGCCUCAGUCUAUAGAGUCUGCUCUUAGCAAGGCCGGUCUCACUGGAUCUAAUAUCGAUUGGUUACUACUGCACCAGGCGAACCAGAGAAUCCUCGAUGCAGUUGCCACACGUUUAGACGUACCCCAAGAAAGGGUUAUAUCAAAUUUAGCAAAUUAUGGCAACACGAGUGCUGCUUCUAUUCCACUGGCAUUGGAUGAAGCUGUUCGAAGCGGGAAGGUGAAGCCGGGCCACACAAUUGCUGCCGCAGGCUUUGGUGCUGGUCUAACUUGGGGUUCUGCAAUACUUAGAUGGGGUUGAAAAUUUUCAUUUCAUUACAACCAGCGAUACUAGAGAAACGAUAAUCCUUUGUUACAUGCGGCUAUAAGCUUCAGCUUAACUUUUCUAUAUGUACUGCACGUAAGCAGAGAUGCUGCAAAUUCAAAAUCUCCAGAAGCUCUGUUUUGUUUUGUUACCUCUUGUUAUCAUCUUAAAUUUUUGCAUCACUAAUAAACUUUCAUUCUUUUCUACUCAA